AUGCAAAGCCAGCCUGUUCUCCCAGUUAGCUUUAUCACUGCUUAUGUGUGCAGUGUGAAACAGACACAACAAUCACAUCCCUUGAAGAGGAACAACUCUCUGCCUGAUGAAAUCAAUGUAGCUCAGCUGCAGGAUGAGCUGAAGCUGGUGAAACUAAGAGAGCAGGAGACUCUGCGCUCCUUCAGAGAGAUGCAAGAGGCCGUUACUGAUCUCAACCACUGCUGGCAGCAUCAUACGUCUCGUGGAGGAGGAGGCCAUUGGAAGGAGUCUCCUAAAAAGAAUGCGUUGAAUGAGCUACAGGACAAACUGAUGAGUCUGAGACUGCGAGAGGCUCAGGGUCAAGCUGAACUCAAAGAGGUCAAACUUAAAAUCCUGCAGCUAGAGAGCCAGAACCAGAUCAACUGUAAACUAGUUAUCAGACAUGAGCAAGAGAGCGCUGGCCUGCAGGAGAGACUGCAGAAUGCUCUUUCCCACAACAAAACACUACAAAGCCAACUCAACGAAAUGAAAAGAAAGAUGGCCGAGUCUGACUGCAAGAGCAAAGAAGAGGUGAUGGCAGUCCGUCUAAGAGAAGCUGACAGCAUGGCCUCUAUGGCUGAACUCCGGCAAAAGAUAGCCGAGCUAGAAAUACAGGUGAGAAAUAUCAUCCAUAUCUAUUCACCAAGUUCAUAA